AUGACUAGCCGGUACGAGCGGCAGGAGAAGAUCGGCGAGGGUACCUACGGCGUGGUGUACAAGGCCCGAGACACGUCCACUGCCGCGACGGUCGCGUUGAAGCGCAUUCGGCUUGACUCGGAGGAGGAGGGCGUACCCUGCACCGCCAUUCGUGAGAUUUCGCUGCUGAAGGAGCUGCGACAUGAGAACAUCGUGAAGUUGCUGGACGUGUGCCACAGCGAGCACCGCCUGACGAUUGUCUUCGAGUAUUUGGACUUGGACUUGAAGAAGUAUCUCGACCGCGAGAAUGGCAACCUUGAUGCAGCGACGAUCCAGCACUUUAUGCGGGACCUGCUGCGCGGCGUCGCCUUCUGCCACCAGCGCAGUGUCCUGCACCGCGACCUAAAGCCGCAGAAUCUUCUCAUCUCGCGCGAGAAAGAGCUGAAGCUAGGCGACUUCGGCCUCGGCCGCUCCUUCGCCAUCCCGGUGCGCAAAUUCACGAACGAGGUGGUGACGCUGUGGUACCGACCGCCCGAUGUGCUGCUCGGCUCGAUGCAGUACGGUCCGCCGGUGGACGUGUGGUCGGUAGGGUGCAUCUUCUCCGAGAUGGCCACCGGGACGCCGCUUUUCGCGGGUAAGAACGAUGCCGACCAGCUAAUGCGCAUCUUCCGCUUCCUAGGCACACCGAACAACCGGGUGUGGCCGUCCAUGAACCAGUACCCAAACUCGAACAACAUGCUGUCGCAGCCGGAGUUUCUGCAGAACUUCGAGCCGGAGUGGAGCAACGUGCUAGGCUCCGUGCCCGGGUACGAGAAGCUUGGAUGCGCUGGUGUAGACCUGCUAGAAAAGCUUCUACGCUACGAGCCGUCGGAGCGCAUAACCGCGGCAGACGCGUUGAAUCACCCGUACUUCAGCGUUCAGUUUUAG